AUGACAUUCAAGCGAAGGAAUGGAGGCCGCAACAAGCAUGGCCGCGGUCAUGUCAAGUUCAUCCGCUGCUCCAACUGCGGCAAAUGCUGCCCAAAGGACAAAGCUAUCAAGAGGUUUCUUGUGAGGAACAUAGUUGAGCAAGCUGCUGUUAGGGAUGUGCAAGAUGCUUGUGCAUUUGAUACGUACACUCUCCCCAAGUUGUAUGUGAAGAUGCAGUACUGCGUUUCAUGUGCAAUUCACUCAAAAGUUGUUAGGGUCCGCUCUCGCACAAAUAGGAGGAACCGUGAACCACCUCAGCGAUUCAGGCGCCCAAGAGAGGAUCUUCCAAGGCCAGGGCAAGCACCGCGUCCUGCUUGGGGAGCUCCAGUUGCUGCUCGUACUUGA